AUGACGGAAAAUCCGACAGAAGAGCCGGAGCAUAAGUUUACUUUAGAUGACUUUCUGAAACUUGAAAAGAUUGGUGAAGGUACAUAUGGGGUUGUUUAUAAAGGUCAGAAUAUCAGAACUGGUCAACUGGUUGCAAUGAAAAAAAUUCGUUUAGAAAGCGAAGAUGAAGGUGUUCCGGCAACAGCACUUCGAGAAGUUUCACUGCUGCGUGAACUUCGUCACCCAAACAUUGUAGCGCUUGAAGUAGUCAUUAUGGAAGAGGAAAAACUUUAUUUGAUAUUUGAGUUUUUAUCAAUGGAUCUCAAAAAAUUUCUUGAUGGGAUCCCACCUGGUGUUAUGAUGAGUUGUUAUACGCAAAAGUCAUAUCUCUAUCAAAUUCUGCAAGCUAUGUAUUUUUGUCAUCGACGCCGUAUUUUACAUCGAGAUUUGAAACCACAGAAUUUGCUGGUCAACAGUAAUGGCAUUAUUAAAUUAGCGGAUUUCGGACUAGCACGAGCGAUCGGCAUCCCAGUCCGAGUUUACACUCAUGAGAUAGUAACCUUAUGGUACAGAGCACCAGAAAUUCUACUAGGAUCACAGCGUUAUUCAAUGCCAGUCGAUAUAUGGAGCAUUGGCUGUAUUUUUGCUGAAAUGGCAUUAAAAAAGCCACUUUUUCAAGGCGACUCAGAAAUUGAUGAGCUUUUCCGUAUAUUUCGUAUUUUAACCACCCCAACAGAAGAAUUGUGGGCCGGCGUUACUACUCUCCCAGAUUACAAGCCAUCUUUUCCACAAUGGACUGUAAAUCAGCUUGAAGAUAGAGUUCGUGAUUACAUGAAUCCAGAUGCUAUUGAUUUGUUACAGAAGAUGCUCGUUUUUGAUCCUGCUAAGCGUAUAUCUGCAAAACAGUCUUUGUUGCAUAGAUAUUUUGAUGGUCUCAACAAGGAAAAUUUGCCUGGGACAAAUUAUGAUAAUUAG